GGGGGAGGGGAGUAAAGGCAGUUUAUCAGUCAGCUAUUACUGAAAGCAAAAGCUGCUGUGCAUGUAUUCAUCAUAUCUCAAUCUGCAAGAAUCACCACAUACAGGCACAAAAUAGCACGAAAAUAUUAAGGCAUUCUUACACAUUCUUUGCUGAAAAGUUCAAUGCUUUUUAAAGAAAUAAGUAAAAUUACUCUGCAGACAACGAAAAGUAUAUACAGUAAUACGGUCCACGAUUAUGUCUAAGAAAGGUAAUAUGUACUAUAAGUAUAUGCAUCAGCAUCAAUGAUCAAAAUAUGAUAAAACCUGAAACAGUAUAAGGCCAUACAUUUUUUUUUUAUCAGAGAUCAGUUGCAUAUGUUAAUCAAUGUCAUCGUGCAUUAUAUAUAACCGCAGAACUAUUUGUCUAUAAAUGUACCACUAUUACAAUGGGCCUAGGAGUUGCAAUACAAUACAACUUUAUCAAUCCAGGUAUGAUGACACGCCAGCACACUAUAGAGUGAAGAUUAUAUGUAGGAGAUUAAAGGGAAUAGAUUCUGGCGACAUACACACACAUGUGCGCACACACCCACUCAUAUAGUAACACAGCAACAGCUAGGAGGCUCAGUUGGCACCCCGCACAAGGUCACCUCGGGCUGACCUGUUUAUGAGUGCGAUUGCGGUCGGUAAUUAAAUUGACUUAAUUGGCAAAGGCGACCAUUCUUGGCGACCAAUUUAACUUUGAUAUUGGUCAAGUACGUUUAAGACAAGUUUACUCAAUCAGUGACAGCUGUGGCGUCAGUGUAAUGUUGGAGAUAGUGAAUCACUUGUUUCAAGACAAUCAAAAAUACUGGUCCUGCCUACUUAUCUUUCUCGUAGGGUACCAUAUCAGCGGCGUAAACAUGACGUCAUAAUUCGUGAACGAGAAGACGCAACGGUCAAGCGGAUCGAACGUGUUUGAGUGUUUCAACAUUACACAAUCUCCGGUGCGCGGAAUUCGCUGCUUGUGAUGCAAUACUAGCUGGUGCACGGUCUUGGGUGCGUGACCCCACGCCGGUUUUUAUCGAUCGAUUCAGGUCACGUUCAGUCAUGUUUUCAUAAUUAUUUCUAUAAAGUGACAUAUUUACGAGCAUAGAUAAACGAUUUUUAAACAGUGUGAUUUAAAAGACGCAGAAGAUUUCAUUUUAAUGAUUAAAAGACUAUGGGACUGGGAAAGAGUCUCGACCAGCUGGUUGCACAACUGGGAGAACGGAGUCGCUUCCAAAUUCUUCUUCUGCUGCUCGUGGGGUGCAAUUACAUACCCGUAGUCUUCAACCAUGUCAUCAUGGCUUUCUAUGGCUCUGCACCAAAGCAUCACUGUAGAAUCACUGCAGUGGACUCAGACAAUCUUUCAUACAGCAUCAGCCAUGAACAAUUUGGAAAUAUGACAGUGCUAAUGGAGGAGCCUGUUGAUAAGUGCACAACACAGUUGUUCCUUCAUUCUGGUAUCAACAACACUGUUAUAUGUCAAGAGGGACAGUGGGUGUAUGAAUCUAAUUUUGAUGAAAAAACUAUAGUCUCAGAAUGGGAUUUAGUAUGUCAGUACAAGUACCUAAACAGCCUGGCAACAACAAUCUAUUUCAGUGGUGUUAUGAUUGGGGGACUUUUGUUUGGACACCUGUCUGAUAAUAUUGGCCGUCUUCCAGUAUUGCUGAUCACUCUUUACCUGCCCAUUGGUCUGGGUGUUGGUAUGGCCUUUGUGCCAAGCUACACUGUAUUUGUUUUACUGAGAUUUUUUCAAGGAGUACUCAUGCAGGGUCUGCAAACCUCAAGCUAUGUUCUCGUCAUGGAGUUUUUUAGCCCACAUCAGCGUCCAACUGUAGGUGCAGUGAUGGAAUGUUUUUGGGGCACCACAGUCAUGGUGCUACCUGGCCUGGCUUACCUGCUGCCCAACUGGAGGCACCUUCAACUUGCCAUCAGUCUGCCCAGCUUGCUGAGUGUUAUUUACAUUUGGUUUGUUCCUGAAUCAAUACGGUGGCUACUUUUGAAGGGAAAGAUUGAGAAGGGAAGGAUGCUGGUGACAAGAAUGUGCAACUUCAACAAGAUUCCAUUUCCCAAAGAGGCAUGGGAAAGUGUCGAAAACGAGGUGGAGAUAGUUUCUGCUGCACCAAACUCUUCAUACAACAUGACCCAUCUUAUGCGCACCAAACAGUUACGCCAGCGCUCUCUUGUCCUUUACUACCUGUGGCUCACCAUUGCAACAGGCUACUUUGGGUUGACAUUUCAGAUUACCUCUCUGCCAGGCAACAAAUAUAUAAACUUUUUUGUAGGAGGACUUGUGGAGCUGAUAGCCUAUGCCUUAUCAUUGUUUGUCAUGAACAAAUUUGGGCGGAAAAAUCCUCUCUUGGCCUGUUUUCUAUGUGCAGCUGUGUGCUGCAUAAUUGCUGCAGCUAUACCUCGUCAAGUAACUGAAGCUGGAUUGAACUUGGAACACAUAUCUACCGCCUUUGCAAUCGCAGGAAGAUUUGCCAUAGCUGGACUAUUUUCAGUCAUAUUUGUGUACACAACUGAGCUUUACCCAACUGUCAUAAGAAAUAUUGGUAUCGGUACUUGUACCUUCUGGGCAAGACUUGGUGGGGUAAUUGCACCCCAGAUUAAUCAACUGGGCUCAGGCUUCUCUGUCUCUGUGCCAAUCCUCAUCUUUGGCUGCAUGAUGCUGGUAGCUGGUGGUCUGCUACUUUUUAUACCAGAAACCCACAACCGGAAACUGCCAGACACUAUUGCAGAUAUAGAAAACGGAGAGCCCAGCAGUGUUCAGGUGAUAAAAUCAGAUGCAUCUGGUGAUCAAGAACUGAUGAUCAAGAAGCCUCCAAAUUCUGGGGGUGGUGUAACAGCAAAAGCAUAAAACCAUUUGUAUAAGAAAAAAAAAAGUUAAAUCACAGGUGUCAAAAGGUACUGUAGCUUUUAUUUUCAUCUGCAAGCAGUCUGUAGAUUAAUCAUCAAAAAGUAAUGGAUUGUGUUGUAUUUUAUUUAUUUCUGCAAGAUGAGUGUAUCUCCAUAGGUACCACUUAUUUACUGAUAUUGAUCAGAAAGUUCACAUGCUCACUUCAGUUUUCUUACUCAGGUGUUCAAAACCGGUGAAGAUUAUUAUUAUUUACUUCUAUAUUCAAUAUUCUGAGCAACUUGCAUAUGUUUACAUGACUGUAAUGAUUUGGUAAAGGAAAGUAACUGGUUGGCAGAAUAACCUGGCCAUUCUUGGUUAAGAGUAUUACGUAUUCAUCAACAAAGGAUGCUCUUGAACCUGGGGUCAAAUGUUUGAAGCAGGAAGUAAGGUCGCUGAACGAAAACUGUAGGCUUUGAAGAGGGUGGCUUCACUUUUUUCCCUUUUUGCGAAGUCCUAGAGUAGAAAGAAAAGCAGUGCCACCUGCUUCAUACACAGCACUUUUUGUCAAGUUCUAGAGAUCAGUCAUUGUCCUACCUCCUACAUUAGUCCUGGUGUUUUAAUCUCUGAGGCUGCAUAACUCCCAGAUGAUUGCGAUACUUUGAAUUCAGAGGAAUGUGCAUACAUUGUGCAUUUUAAGAUUACAUUUAACAGCAUCCAGUUAUUAUAGAUUAUUGUUUAAUGAUUAUUAAUGAUUGAAAAAUACUUAAGGUUAUAUUGGUUAUACUGAAUUUAUUGUAGAAUAUAUUUUGAUAUUAGAAAAUAUAUCUGAUCUAUAUUUUUCAUUUGGGUUUAUAUUAAUUACAAAACCAUGUUAAGAUCUGUAUUAAUUUUAUAAAGAACACUUUAUUUUUUUUUAUACUAUCCUAAAUGCCAUAUGAAGAUUUAGUGUGUGUGUGAGAGAGAAAAAAAGGUAAGGGGAGAGAGAGAGGGAUGGGAUUGUGGAAAUACCAGUUUUCACAUACACAUCAAGCAUUAGAAAUAUUGAGAUCACUUGUAAGUCUGAGUCUUUUAAACCUAUCCUUUCUUUUUCAAAAUUUCAUAAUUUACAAAUGUUUCAUUUGCUUUUUUAUGCUUAUGGACUUAUUAAUGACAAAAUAUAAAGUAUCAAAAAUGUGAAGAAAUCUUGAAAAAUAUAGCAGGUUUUUGUUUGUUUGGCGGAUGGAAAAUGGAAAGCUAAAUUUUCUUCUGAUUACUUAAAGUAUUAAAAUUAUUUAAAAUAUUCAUUAUUUAAAGUAUUAAAAAGAGAAAGAAGCAAGUAAUGAUAUUUUCAUUCUUUUUAACUAAUAUUAAUAUAAGCUACUUUUUAUGUGUAUAGGAAACAAUUUGUGGUUGGAAAUUUACAGUGCAUUUACUAACAAAGAAUCUCAGAAUUUCUUAUGUAUUUCAGAAGUAUAUAUAUAUACACAUACACACAGUCAUAUGAUGCUUAAUGAUGGAGACACAUUCUAAGAAAUGCAUUAUUGGGUGAUUUUAUUGUGGUGCAAACAUCAAGAAGCGUACUUACAGAAUUUUUUUUUUUAUUUUAUUAUCAAAUAUAAAGCACUCUACAUAAUUUUAUGCACUAUACUUUUAUGACUGGCGGUGCAGUAGGUUUUCACCAACAUAGCCACAAAAACAUGAGUAAUGCAUUGCAUGAUGAUGUUACUACAACUGUGAAAGGAUUUUUUUCAUCUCCAUUAUAAUAUUAUGGGACCAUCUUUAUAUAUAUAUGCAGUCCAUCAUUGUCUUAAACAUUGUGCUUUACAUGACUGUAUGUAUACAUAUGUGUAUGUGUAUAAACAUGCAUAUACACCAACACAAAAAUUGUACUCUGUUCCAUGACAAAAUUUCUCUAUAGUAGUUACAAAGUAGGUUAAUGAUAUUAUAGAUGGCGUAUAAUGAUUUAUUUUUGGACAUAGGAAUGAAACACAAGGUUAUAGUCAAAAAUUGUCAAAAUAUUUAAAAAGUGUUUUAUUUAGCCAUGAAAUAAGAAAUAAUAACCAAGUUUAGCAUUAUACAUAUGUCCCAUUAACUAAAACCUACUUUUUGAGCUGUUCUGUACAUUUGUGGCAGAAUUGGUUUAUUAAGGAUAAAGAAAAGUGCCACUAAAUUAUUGCGUGGCCUAACUUUGUAAGAAUUAGCACAUGGUUUGUUCUUUACAUACCCACCUGAACAUAAGUAUGUCAUAUCCAUCUGGUCACCAGCAUAUCAUCUGGUCAUAAACAUGUCAUAUCCAUCUGGUCAACAGUAUGUCAUACCCAUCUGGCCAUCAGCAUAUCACCAGUACACUCAGGCUCAGUGCUACCAAGAGGUGAAGUAGGCAGUUGCUAUAUUUAGGCUUAGCUAUCUUUCCUCAAAUGGGAAUUAAUGUGUCUAGGGCUAACAUAAUAUCAGUGAGGAUUGUCAUGGUGUGAGCGAGUGCACACACACAAACACAGAUCAGUGUAAAAUUUCUCAAGUCUAAAGUGAAUCCCAGAGAUCUCAUCUUUAUUGUUCAAUAUAAAUUAUUAGAUACCUACCACAUCUAGUGUCACGCAGAAUUUUACUGACCAUGCUAGCUUUUGUAGCCAGAACAAAGUUUCUAAAUAUGAAAGAAAUUAAAAAAUUAUCUGAGAUCAGCAAUGCUCCCUUUACACAACUAAAAGUAAAGAAAGUGAGAUUUUAGGCCAGAGAUUUUGAUGACCAAAAUGUAUAAUUGUUGAAUUUGUUUUAAUUGCUUUUUGAUGGCAUGGGGGUAGGGGGUAGGGCACAGCGCAGCACUUUUGCCAAGGUCACAACUGCCUAGCAGUGGCACGGAGUUCACCAAGUGAAGACACUCAACUGGGUCAUAGCCUUUAGUUUAAUGUAAAACCAGAAAGAAAGGUGGGUACCUGGGUACAUACUUCUCAGAUCUUCUGAUAUGUUCUUUUUUUGCAAUCUGCUGAACCAAAUUGAUUGGACAUGACUGUUGUAUUGGAGACUAAAUUAUAUUAAACCAGCUGUGUGCCAUAGAUUUUUAUUGCAUACAGUAUUUAUUAUACUUAUUUUCCUCAAGCUACUGUCAGUCUGCCACUGUACAUCACAUCUGGUAAAAGGAGGCUGUGAUGCAUGGACAUUUCUUGCUUUUGGCUGCAGCUUUUUGCAGAACAACAUCAAAUAUUCACCUCAUCAUGCUUUUUCUUUGUUUUAAUAAUAUAUCUUUGAUCAUGUCAUAAAUGUGCUGAUUGAUAGUAUUUUAUUCUCUGUGUAAAGUAUUUUUACUGUUUGUGAGAUUGAUACUGUAAUGCAUGUGGGAAGAUUUUGAUAGAGAGAAGUAGAAUGAGCUUGUAAUGUCCAACUCUACAAAUCGUUUAAUUUUUUUAACAGUCUUGUUUUGAGUUCCCCUUGGUGAGAUUGUUUGAAACUGUAAGAUGGUCUAUAUUCAUACAUGUUCCUCCAUCAAAAGUUCCUGAUGAGCUUUUUUUUGUCCAUGGACCAUAGGCCUGUUUCAUUUGGAUCUUUAACAAGAAUAAAUAAAAAGCAGAAUUAAAUAUUUGCCUUGGGAUUAACAGCAUCUCCACAGACGUUAGGGUGUUAAAUCUUAGAUUCUGCAACAAAUAUUUUACAAAGAUUUCUAAAUCAAAUAAUUUGAGGCAUAGGCAUUGAUGAUUUUCAAUAGCACUUGCAAGUCUUUUAGAAACUUUAUAAAAUUCUACCCUCUGGCCCUAAAUGGAAACAACAGGUCGCCGAGAGUGCUUUGGCCAUGUCCUUUAUACCAUCUGCAAUAUCACUUUUGAACAGGACUAACAAAUGUACCUAGUGUGUAUGUGGAAGUGUGCGUUCUUUGUUUUCCUUCUAAAUGUUGUAACUGUCAAGUUUUGAGCAUUGUUUACAAAUGUUAUGUGAUUAUGUUUCUGUCUAGUAAGUCAUAACUAAAAAUAAAGAAACUGUGGAAGUUCA